CUAUAUUGCAAACAAGUGGUGAAAAUUUAUUAAAUUUAUUAGCUGCAGCUGACGAACUUGAACUUCUUAAUCUUGCGGAAUCUGUACAAGAACAUUUAAUAAAAAAAUACUCGUUAUGGCUAUUUUCUAAUCUUAUUACUUCACUUAAUUUUACUUGUCAUCAUAAUCAUUACCAGAAAUUAUACGAUCAUGUUCUGGAUAUUGCUUGUAGAAACCCUUAUUCAAUUUUUGAUUCCAAUGACUUUCCAUUAUUAGAUAUUGUGACUAUGAUAUGUCUUUUAAGAAGAGAUGAUCUUGGACUUGAAGAAAUAGAAAUUUGGAAUUAUUUGAUUAAAUGGGGAAUUGCUAAUUCUCAAAAACUUCUUGAUGAAAAUGUCACAAAAUGGUCUGAUGAAGAUAUUUCAAGCUGGUCUGACGAUCAAUUCAUGGCAUUAAAAGUAACAAUUUCUCAAUGUAUCCCCUUGAUUCGUUAUUAUCAUAUUUCUAAGAGAUAUAUUGAUGAACAAAUUAAGCAAUAUCGCUUGGAUCCUAAUACAUUUAUUAAGCAUAAAACCUUUCAAAGAGGAUGUUCCAGAUUACUUUUUGAUAGUUUUAUUUUUUCAUUUACUGACCAAUCAAACCCAAUAUUAAGUAGAGUAAUUGUAAGAAAAAAUGACAAGGCUAUUUGGAGUGAUAAAUAUCAUGGACCCUGUUUUGGAACUUUCGAUUUAUGCAUGCAAUCAAAUCAUUGGACCAGCGAAUGUACUGAUUAUUAUUAUAAAAUAACUGAUUUAUACCAGUUUACUGUUAAAGAAUAUGAAGUUUUAGCAUUUGGGGAUUUUAAUUCUAGAGAAAGAGAAACAUAUAACAUAAUUAAAGUAUUAAGUAUAGGUGUAUUAGAUGUAUUGGCAACUCUAGGGAUUUCAAUUAUAGGUGUAUUAUUUCUAGGGUUGAUAAUGUUAGGUGUAUUGAAAGUUCUAGGGUUUUUUGUUGAAAGUUUUUUUAGAGAUUUAAUUGUAGGUGUAGAC